AUGCGCCGCGCAGCUUCGCCCGGAAGCCGACGACUUGGUCAGAGCGCGGAGAGUGGACCCGCGAAGAUGAACCCUUUGACUAAGGUGAAGCUGAUCAACGAGCUGAAUGAGCGGGAGGUCCAGCUUGGGGUGGCCGAUAAGGUUUCCUGGCACUCUGAGUACAAGGACAGCGCCUGGGUCUUCCUAGGAGGGCUUCCUUAUGAACUGACUGAAGGAGACAUCAUCUGUGUGUUCUCACAAUAUGGAGAGGUUGUUAACAUUAAUCUCGUGAGGGACAAGAAGACUGGCAAAUCCAAAGGAUUCUGUUUCCUCUGCUAUGAAGACCAGAGGAGCACAAUCCUGGCCGUUGAUAACUUCAAUGGGAUCAAGAUUAAAGGACGAACCAUCCGAGUGGAUCAUGUGUCUAACUAUCGUGCUCCUAAGGACUCAGAAGAGUUGGAUGAUGUGACCAAAGAGCUCCAGGAGAAGGGCUGUGGGGCUCGCACUCCCUCACCAAGUUCGUCUGAGGGCUCUGACGAUGACAAAUCCACAAAACCCAAAAAAGACAAAAAGGAAAAGAAGAAAAGAAAGAAAGACAGAGAGAAGACAGACCAGGAGGUCCAGGCAGAGCCACUGUCUUCCUCUUCAUCACCCAGGAGCAAGAUGAUAAGGGAAAAGGAGGAGCCUGGCUCGAACAAGCAUAGCAGCAAGAGCUCCGAGAGGGCUCAGAAGGCAGAGUCCAGAGAAGGCCGGAAGCACUACCCCAGCUCUCCUGAGGUCAGGACCACGUGGCGCGAUGGAGCAGCAGACCUGGAGAGGGAGCAGAGGAAGGAGAAACCCAAGCAGGAACUGAAGUCCUCGAGCAGGAGGGAGGAAAGAGAGGAAAAGAACAGGGAUCGGGACAGAGGUCGCAGCUCAGACACACAUUCUAGCCGGCCCAACGGUCGUCCAGAAGGGCGUAGUCACAGAAGUAGAAGUAGGAGCCGAGAUAGAUCCCAUAGGCACAAGAGGGCCCGGCAUUCCCGGGACCGGGAGGCCUCUAAUCCCAGUGACCGCAAGCAUCACUGAUGCCAUGGCCUGCUCAGCCACUCAGGAGAUUUGGAAACGAACUGCAUUUUAAAAAUGCAAUCAAAUGCAAUUAUGCUUUCUGCUUUUACUACUUCUGUGUGUACAGUCUCUGGGGCUGCAUUUUUUAAAAUUCCUUGAAUAUUAGUCAGUGGGAGAGGGCUGUAGUUUCAACAGCCAAGAAUCCUGGGUUAACAUAAUCCAUUGUCCCUGGGAACAUACUUGUAUUUAUCAGAGUGUGCACCCUACGUUUUGGUUCAUAAAUAUGGCCCUUGAGCCUGUAGACCCCAGUUUAUGAUGAGAUUGCCAGGAAAGGGAAAACACCAGGCACUUCUAGAAUCUUGGUGUUUGUGCUAGAUGUUUAGAACCCAGCCUUUCCAGGUGGCAGGUAGAACCAUAGAGCAGAAAGGUGUGACUUACUAGGCUAGGACAGCUUGAUGCUAAUGUUCUUGAGAUCAGCCAGCUACACUCCCCCUUUUAUUUUUUUCAAGUUUUUUAACAUCUUUUUCUUUUUUUGGUUGAUAUGUCUCUCUCCAUCUUUUUUAAUUCAUUAAUUUUUGCUGAGGUGAAAUUCACUUAACAUAAAACUUAACGAUUUUAAAGCAAAUGCUUCAGUGGGGUUUAGACAGUCACAGAAUUGUGCAGCUACCACCUCUUAUCUAGUUCAAAACCUUCUCAUCACUGAAAAAGGAAACUAUGGUCACUUCCCACUGCCCCCUCCCCUCAGUCCCUGGUCACCACCCAUCUGCUUUCUGUCUUUAUGGAUUUACCGGUUCUGGAUAUUUUCAU